AUGGAACUGGCAAUGAAGGUGGCCGAGGCCGUCCAUGUGCUCAACCACGAUACCCAAUCCUGCAACCGCGUCGCAGCCAAUCAGUGGCUCGUUCAGUUCCAGCAGACCCACGCCGCCUGGGACGUCGCCACCGCCAUCCUCACCGCCGAUCGCCGCCUCCCCCUAGCUUCCAAUUUUGAGGUCGAGUUCUUUGCCGCGCAGAUUCUGAAACGCAAGGUAAUCGAAUUGAUGAUUGUUACGUGGUUCAAAUUACAGAUACAAAAUGAAGGUUAUCUACUGCAAUUAGGAGUCAAGGAUGCUUUGUUAAAUGCUCUUCUUCUUGCAGUUAAGAGAUUCAGUACUGGUCCACCUCAGCUUUUGACACAGAUCUGUCUUGCCCUCUCUGCUCUUGUACUUCAAGUUGCUGCACAUGGAAACCCAAUUGAGCAGCUAUUUUACAGUCUACGGAAUCUGCAGAGCCAGGAUGAUGGCAAUAUUGCUGUCCUUGAAAUGCUUACUGUCCUCCCAGAGGAAGUUGUUGACAACCAGCGUACCGAUUCUAAAAUUAGUUCAUUACACAAAAGCCACUAUACCCAAGAGCUUCUCUCCCAUACUCCUAUGGUUCUUGAGUUCUUGCUUCAGCAGUCUGAAUUAAAUUUUGAUGGUUCUAUGCAACAACACGAAAGGAACAGGAAAAUUCUACGCUGCUUAUUGAGUUGGGUUAAAGCAGGUUGCUUCUCUGAGAUAUCUCCAGGAACAUUGCCAGCUCACCCACUUCUAAAUUUUGUGUUCACCUCAUUACAGGUUCCUUUAUCAUUUGAUCUAGCCAUUGAAGUUCUUGUUGAACUUGUGACCAAACACGAGGGAGUGCCGCAAAUUUUGUUAUGCAGGGUACAGUAUCUGAAGGAAGCACUUCUUUUUCCAGCUCUUUCUAGGGGAGACAUGAAAGUAAUUGGUGGCCUUGCUUGCUUGUUGUCAGAAAUUGGGCAAGCUGCUCCGUCUCUAAUUGUUGAAGCAAGUGCAGAAGCCCUAGCCCUUAUAGAUGCCCUCUUGAGUGUUGAGAUUAAACUGUUGAAUAUGCUAACAGCUGCGUGGCAUUUCCAAGUGAAGAUUGGGAGGUUGCAGACUCAACACUGCAGUUUUGGAAGCAACAGGAGAGUGGGAAAAGGAUAUGGAAUCAUUGAUAAUAAGAGUGGAAUGAAGGAUAGUGGAAAAGGCACGCAAUCAUUUGGGUAG